AUGGCUGGACUUUUUGGAUUUGGAUCUUCAAAUUCUACUGCAACGACUGAAUCUGCUGCUCCAGUAUCUGAAUUCUUGCCUGAUACCCCUGAGCCGUCCGAACCUUCACUCUCGCAAUAUGCCGAGACAUCUGCCUUUUUACCACCAGCACAAUCUAUCAGUCAUAGCAAUGCGACAGUUAAACCUGAGCAUGAGCCUAUCGAGCUGAUAUUUAUUGAUGAACAUCCACACAUGAAAAAUCCUACUCCUCGUCAGCGAGGCUAUUUCGGACCUAUUCCAAUGCGCACUGGAUAUGACAAGUUGCUGUAUGGAACUGGUGUAUCAUAUUUGUCUGGUCUCUCGUAUGGUGCUGUAUAUGGUGUGAUCCGUGGUCUUCAAACAGCACAAGUUCCCAAUUUUAAAGUUAGAAUGAAUAGCAUUGUCAAUCAAACUACCAGAUAUGGUCCAUGGGCAGCCAAUUCACUCGGUGUCAUGACAAUGACAUGGGCAAUCAUGGACAACACAUUAUCCAUGAUCCGUGGCAAGUCUGAUUACUUUAAUCACAUUUCAGCUGCUUUUGCAUCUGGUAUUUUAUUCAAAUCCACUGCUGGUAUCCGUCCUGCUGUUAUUACUGGAUCCAUUCUUGCUUCCAUUGUGUCGGGUUAUGGUAUAUUUGAAUAUGCUAUGGCAAGCAAAACUCAUGACAGUACAUUAUCCACCUCAAAGCAAAGCAAUGAGUUGAAACUCCCAGCUCUUCAACUAAGAAAAGCUGCUACUGCAUAA